UGCUUCGCGAACCCGCGGCUCUAACAGGGGGACAGGACCGCAGUCGCUCACGCGCCAACCCUUCCCGGACCCGCGGACAGGUGGGCUCAGCCGAGCGCGCGCGGACAUCCGGACUCCCGCCCGCAGCAUCACGAGCUUUUAUUGUGAAGGGACAGCGGAGCGUACACGGUGUUCCGUGCAGCCGGGUGCGCGUGUGCGCAUCUCCAUUCACUUUCUCCUGCGCUGACCUGCUGUUGGAGGUCCAGAAGAACCGCCGGCGGGAGGUACCGACAGGACCCCAGCAUCACCUGGACUUUGUAAUCGGAUUACUUUCCGCUGCGCUGCAGAGCUCUCCGUGGUUCCGCGGGCUUUGGACCGUUCGUUAGCGGUUCUGCAGGUCCUCAUCCUCCGCCGGUUCUGAAGGCGGGUUCGGGUCAGAGGUCGCGUCUCCAUGCAGUCUGACAGAAGAUGAAACAGCAUGACAGCGGACGGAGCGGGUCAGAGGUCAGCGAGCAGCAGGUGGUGCUUGGCUCGGUGGAGGACGGAUCAGCUGCUCAUUAUGGUCCAAAGUCAGAGGAAGGCGGAGCUGGAGACCCGCCCUCUGAAGGCGGAGCCACAGACAGUCACCCGGUGGAUGAGGCGGGGUUCUUCUCCUUCAUGGCGUUUCAUUGGCUGACUCCUUUGGCGGUCCGAGCCUGCAGGAAAGGCCAGCUCCUGCUGGAGGACGUGUGGGGCGUGUCCCAGAAGGAGCGUUGCCACGGCAACAGCAUCAGGCUGAAGCUGCUGUGGGAGGCGGAGCUAAAGGUGAAAGGUCAGCAGGCCUCCCUGUGUUCUGUGGUCUGGGCCUUCUGUCGGGUUCGCCUCUUCUUCUCCAUCCUCUGCCUCACCAUCACUCAGCUGGCUGGAUUCAGCGGGCCGGCGUUCGUGGUCAAGCGUCUGCUGGAAUACACCCAACAGGAGGAGUCGGACCUGGCCUAUGGGAUGCUGCUGGUUCUCGGGCUGCUGGUCAUGGAGCUGAUGCGGUCCUGGUCUCUGGCUCUGACCUGGGCCCUGAACUACCGGACCGGAACCAGACUGAGAGGAGCCAUCCUCAGCCUGGCCUUCGAGAAGAUCCUGCUUCUGCGCAGCGUCAGGGACAAGUCAGUGGGACAGCUGGUCAACAUGUGCUCCAGCGACGGUCAGCGGAUGUUUGACGCUGCAGCCGUGGGCAGCCUAUUGGCCGGGGGCCCCCUGGUGGCGGCACUCGGCAUUGCCUACAACCUGUACAUCCUGGGCCCAACGUCUCUGCUCGGGUCGGCCAUCUUCAUCCUCUUCUACCCCACCAUGAUGUUCAGCUCCAGGAUGACGGCGUACUUUAGACGACGGGGCGUGGCCAAAACUGACAAACGAGUGCAGAAGAUGAACGAGAUCCUGAGUUACAUCAAGUUCAUCAAGAUGUAUGCCUGGGUCAAAGCCUUCUCCCAGGACGUGCAGAGAGUCAGAGAGGAGGAGCGCAGGAUCCUGGAGCUCACAGGGUACUUCCAGAGCAUCACCGUGGGCGUGGCUCCGGUGGUCGUGGUGAUUGCCAGUGUGGCGACGUUCUCUGCCCACAUGCUGCUGGGAUACGAUCUGACCGCUGCUCAGGCCUUCACUGUGGUGACCGUUUUCAACGCGAUGACCUUCGCUCUGAAAGUGACGCCGUUUUCUGUCAAGUCUCUGUCAGAGGCUUCAGUGGCUGUGGAGAGAUUCAAGGGUCUCCUCCUGUUGCCAGAGAUGGACAGCAUCCGAGCUUCGCCCUCUGACCCUCUGGUUGCCGUGGAGAUGAGUGCUGCCAGUCUGGCGUGGGAGGGGGAGGGGCAGAGCAUCCAAUCUAGUCCGUGUGUCAAACUGUCCGGUGCCGUCCGGCAGAGACCCAGGUCCAGAGACACAGGUGACCUCCAGGAGGAGGAGGAGGAGGAAGAGGUGACCGGCUCGUUGCUCAAAGGACCAGACCUGCCCUCCAGUCUGGAGGAGGAAGAGGAGGAGGAUGCCUGUCCUCCUCUUCUUCCCGGCCCUCCCCGCCCUCAGCGUCUGCAGAGCACCCUGCACUGCAUCAACCUGCGGGUCAGACAGGGUGAGCUGCUGGGGGUAUGUGGAAGUGUGGGCAGUGGAAAAACCUCUCUGAUGUCAGCGAUCCUGGGACAGAUGACCCUGCUGGAAGGCAGCGUGGCGCUCAGAGGGAGGCUGGCCUACGUGUCCCAGCAGGCCUGGAUCUUGAACGCCACGCUGAGAGACAACAUUCUGUUUGGUCAGGAGUACCAGGAGGACAGGUACCAGUCUGUUCUCAGCGCCUGCUGUCUCAGACCUGACCUCGCCCUGCUGCCCAGCGCCGACCUCACAGAGAUUGGCGAGCGCGGCGCCAACCUGAGCGGCGGGCAGAGGCAGCGGAUCAGCCUGGCCCGCGCCUUGUACAGUAACAGCGACGUCUACAUCCUUGAUGACCCGCUGAGCGCACUCGACGCCCACGUGGCCAACCACGUCUUUCACAACGCCAUCAAGAAGCAGCUCCGCAAGAAGACGGUGGCGUUUGUGACGCACCAGCUGCAGUACCUGGUGGACUGUGACAACAUCCUCCUGAUGAGAGAAGGCACCAUCGUGGAGCAGGGUAACCAUGACAACCUGAUGAGGCUGAACGGAGACUACGCAGCCAUGUUCAACCGCUUCCAGCUGGGAGACACGCCCAACAUCGAGGCUCCUAGCCAAAAGAAGAAAGGUUCUCAGAGGAAAUCAGCCGACAGUAAACAAGGAUCAGUGAAGAAGACGAUGCCAAUCAGCAAAGACAACGGGGAGGAGCAGCAGUUUGGGGGUGUGGCUUGGCCGGUGUUUCAGACCUACAUGACGGCGUGUGGUGGCUCCGCCUCCUGCCUUCUGAUCCUGGUUCUGUUCCUGCUGAACGUGGGCAGCGCCGCGUUCUGCCACUGGUGGCUCAGCUUCUGGAUCAACCAGGGCAGCGGGAACACCACGGUAACCGCGGGCAACAGCUCAGCGGUCAGCGCCAGCAUGAGGGACAAUCCCAUGAUGCAACAGUACGCGUCCAUUUAUGCCUCGUCCAUGGGGGUCAUGCUGUUCUUCAAGCUGCUGCGAGGCAUCGCCUUCGUCAAGGGAACCCUCAGAGCUUCCUCCAAACUCCACGACGAUCUCUUCCACAAAAUCCUGCGCUGCCCCAUGACGUUCUUCGACGUGACUCCCACAGGCCGGAUCCUGAACCGCUUCUCCAAAGACAUGGAUGAAGUCGACACCCGCCUGCCGUUCCAGGCAGAGAUGCUCAUCCAGAACGUGAUUCUGGUCUUCUUCUGCCUGGGCGUCAUCGCCAGCGUGUUCCCGUGGUUCCUGGUGGCCCUGGCUCCGCUGGUUCUGGUCUUCUCCGUGCUCCACAGCGUCUCCAGGGUCUUCAUCAGGGAACUGAAGCGGUUGGAUAACGCCACCAUGGCGCCGUUCAUGUCCCACAUCACCUCCAGCAUCCAGGGCCUGACCACGCUGCAGGCCUACGGCCGGGGCCAGGACUUCCUCCAAAGAUACCAGUUCCUGCUGGACCAGAACCAGGCCCCGUUUUACCUGUUCAGCUGUGCCAUGCGCUGGCUGGCGGUGCGGCUGGAUCUCAUCAGCGUGGCUCUGAUCAGCACCACCGCCCUGAUGAUGGUUCUGAUGCACGGGCAGAUCCCGCCGGCCUACGCCGGCCUCGCCAUCUCCUACGCUGUGCAGCUGACAGGUCUGUUCCAGUUCACCGUGCGCCUGGCGUCUGAGACGGAAGCUCGCUUCACCGCCGUGGAGAGGAUUCACCACUACAUCCAGUCUCUGUCCCAGGAAGCCCCGGCCCGGGUCAAAGGUCGCUCACCUCCACCGGACUGGCCCCAGCAGGGGGAGCUGGUGUUCAGCGACGUGGAGCUGCGGUACCAGGAGAACCUCCCUCUGGUUCUGAACAAGAUCUCUUGCACCGUCCGUCCCAAGGAGAAGGUUGGCAUCGUGGGCAGAACCGGAUCAGGAAAGUCUUCUCUGGGUGUGGUUCUGUUCCGGCUCGUGGAGUGCUGUGGUGGUUCCGUUCUGAUCGACGGCAUCAACAUCAGUGAAAUCGGCCUGGCAGACCUGCGCAGUAAGCUGUCCAUCAUCCCUCAAGACCCAGUCCUCUUCAGCGGGACAGUCAGGUCCAAUCUGGACCCGUUCAACCGCUAUGGAGAGGACAUGAUCUGGGACGCUCUGGAGAGGAGUCACAUGAAGGAAUGUGUGUCGCAGCUGCCGCAGAAGCUGGACUCGGAGGUGGUGGAGAACGGGGAGAACUUCUCGGUGGGAGAACGGCAGCUGCUGUGUGUGGCCAGAGCGCUGCUGCGGCAAUGCAAGGUGCUGAUUCUGGACGAGGCCACGGCGGCCAUGGACCCAGAGACAGACGCUCUGAUCCAGGAGACCAUCAGGAGCUCCUUUCAUCACUGCACCACGCUGACCAUCGCUCACCGGCUGCACACCGUCCUCGCCUGCGACCGCAUCAUGGUGCUCAACCAAGGACAGGUGGUGGAGUUCGAUGAACCGUCCAGACUGCUGGCCAAUGAGAACUCGCGGCUGUGCUCCAUGCUAGCGGCUGUGGAGAGCAAAGUGUCAGUGCGAGGUUGAAGCUGUGGAGCCACCGGCACCGCUCAGCCGCCAUCCGGCGCCGCCGCCCGGCUGCUGGUCAUGGGGCCAUGGUUGGACUGGAGCAGGUGGCUGUUCUUUGGUGGAACCUGACUGACCUCUGACAUCUGACUCCACCUGAUUGGAGGCUGGCGGAGGUGGGAGGAGUCUGCGCAAGACAGUUGUUUGUACAGAUGAAACUGUUGCUUGUUUGUGAUGUUCUGGUUUAACGCUGAGUCCGCCGGGCCCCGGCAGCAGAACCGGUUGAGGGGUUCCUCUGGGCUCGCCACUCCACUAACUCCGGCUGCUUUGCCUUUCAAACGGUUUGCCUUUGAAGGUGGCGGGGGCUGUGGUGGGGGGCUAUAGGGGUCCAGCUGCAGUCUUGACCGUUCUGCAGAGGACCAGCAGGGGGCAGCACUCAUCGCCGUCCUUCUCUGCUGCUGUCCUGAACUGCACUUUGUAACCAGAACUAGCUAACAAUCAACAGGAAGGUAGAACCACAGAUCCUCCAAAAUAAGAGCGUGGUGUCUUCUCUCAGGAGGAAACAACAGUUUACAGAUUUUCUUCUUUUGUAUCUGAGAGGAAACGUUUGUUUUUAGGAGAUCAAUAAAAAACUGAAACUCUGA